AUCGAGGUGCAAUUUCUUGAGCAGGCCUCGCACGCGCUUCAGCAAUGCAGACAAACUCUUAAGUGGACAUAUGCCUUCGCAUACUAUCUGGCCCGCAACAACCUGACGGAGAUCUUUGAAGACAACCAAAAGGAUCUCGAAAUGGCAGUUGAGAACCUUUCCGAGAUGUUUGAGAAGCCUACAGAACAGCUAGCAGGUCUCAAAGUCGAAAUGAUGGAUAAGACGGCCUACUGCAACCGGCGUAGGCAGAUUUUGCUGGCAGAUACGGCGGAAGGUUUGAAAGCAGACAACUGGCAAUUUAACGUCGAACUCCAGUGAGCCGCUCGCUCGAUCCAACAGCCCUCGAGCGAAAGUCAAGCUCUCAGUCCGCAUGAUUUCGCAGAGCGACCACCCUCAUAAUUAUUGCGAAUGCGGCCGAGCCCCCCAUGACAGACGAUGCUACGAUUCAGUUUCUUAUGUAUCAUUUGGGAAUUGGGACACGAUGCGAGGCAUGGGAACGAGGAAUUUGACAUUUUGGCGUGGCGUGGCGCGAACGAGCCCGACUGACGGAUGAUUCAUAGUUGGUUGCUCGCUCGCUUGCUUCUUUCCUCUUUCUCGACUACAAUCAUGCCGCAUGGUCUGGGGCGAGGCGAGGCCUUAGUUGUGCAGUCAAGUAGGAGCGAGGCGCUUAGCGAGUUGUAUGAAAUGUAGAUCAUAACUGCCAAUGUUAUUAUACAGAGC